AAAGAAUCUUGCCCAGUUCCCCCAGCACUUUCCAAGGAAGCGUAUAAGCAGUCCUUGAACGUAUGCAGGAAUCAUGGGGUCGCUAUCAUGCCUCCUUAUUGCCCUUGUCGUAAUUAUCGCAAUCGACUAUUCGGCCGUAGAAGCAGUAAAAUGCUGUAAUCGAUGGUUCGCCCCAUUCGGGAUGAAGACCCCUAACAAGUUUGCGUGCAAGGAUGGAUGCACCAAUGCGGACAAGUGUUUCAAAUACAUCUAUGAUGGGACUUACUGCCUAUUGUUCACCAGGGGUGGAGCAAAAGGGGCAGCCGGCUUCAGGCCCCUUAGCAGAAACAGAUUCGCCUACUGUUGGAAACAAGGCAAAUGUAAAGGUCGGGGCAACAAACAAGGUAUAUUCAAGAAAGUUCAGGCAAACGAACAGCAAUGUUCCCAGAUGUGCGACCAGUCGAAUGACUGUGCAUCCAAUUACUUCCGAAAGGACACCCAGGAAUGUCUCCUAAUUUCCUGCAAGAAAGGCUCAUCGCCGAAGCCACCGGCCACGACGAAGGACUGUACUAAAAACUGUGCAAGUUCAUACGGCAGUUACUAUAAAAUGCAAAAGCAAAAGCACAAAUCGCCGUUUGACACCCCGGCAGGUGGUGCACCCACGACGCUACCGCCGCCACCUCCACCAAACAACCCAAGAGACUGCUGCAACAGAUGCCGAGCACUAAAAGGCAAAUGCCGUUACUACAUCUAUGUUGACGGCUCAUGCAUGAUGUACACAACAAAAACCGCCAAACUGCCCGACUUCGAAAACUGCCAGGAAUUAACGGGAUGCAAAAUGAGACCCGGUCCAAAGAAGCCUAUUAGCGGAUAUAUCAAAAAGAAAAUGUUCAAGAAGGUAGAAACAAACAACAAGGAAUGCACUAAAGUCUGCGGGAAAUCAGAAAAUUGUCGUGAAUCGUUGUUCCUCAGUGAACAGGCUACUUGCAUUAUUCAGACCUACAAGAAGUCGAGCUCAAGGAAACCGCUGAAAGUCAAUGGAAAGAAGUUUGAAACUUGUGAUGAGAGUUCUGACUGCAAGAUUGGGCCACCAACUAGAUGUCGUUAAGGCAUACAUACAGAGAGUGAUGCCAAAAUGUUUGCUAGAUGCUACUAAAAAACCCGCACAUUUCGGAGUACCCGCUUUACCGAAAUUUCCACUGUAUCAUAUGGCAUGAAUAUCAGCCUGGAAUAAGUUUAGCGCUCCCCAUCCUAAUGUAUCCAACCCUUUGAAACUGAUGGCCGCUGGGAGCAUAUUUGUCUGGCCUGUCGUUUAUUCAUUAUUGCAGUGAUCCCUUUCUUAGAUAAUUUGACUGUAAAUUUCCCUUCGUAUUAUUGCCAGAUGAUAACAAUAAAAACUAGCAUGUGCAGGUUACAA